CAGCUGCACUAAUAUCGUUGAACAGUAUAUAAUGAAAUUAGCUUUCUUUAGAAUAAUGUUAAACUUUUAAACAACAUCGUCAAACAGUAGUGGAAAAGUGUCACUCAGUUGCUACUGUUCAUCAUGUUUGUUUUUGUAAACAUGAUAGCUGAUUAUUUAGUAGCCUAAAAAGUUGCAUCCGUGCCAGCAAAGACUUGCACUUCAAAUUAAUGUCCAGCAACAGCUUUAAACACUUUCUGAAUUAUACUGCACGAUAUUCUGAUUCAACUUUUCUCCACCACAAGCGAGACUGUCGGCUUUGACACCAGAAGCAGCCAGCUUCAGCGGCUCCUUUAGUUGGCACCGAGGUUGGCACUAUCAAUUAGUUCUUCCACGGGAUCACUUCGCGGAAUGGGUUCAAAAAGUUUGAUAUUCGACACUUGAAUAUUAUUUUCCCACCAAGAGUAUACUGGCGUAACACUCAACACAUAUUCCGAUAUAAAACGGGAGCGACUUACUUAGAUAUACGAGUUAACAAAAUGUUCUCAAGAGUUGUAAAUUUCACUGUGUAGCACCAUCAAUUACAUAUGUGAUUAUUCAACUAUUAUUUAUCUUCACCAAAGUUGAUGAUAAAUAAAGCUCACUGAAGAGUUUAUCAACCUGAAUAAACGUCGUGGUUAGAAUUAUACAGGUAUUGAUCAACCUGUAAACGAUUAGUCGAAUAGACACGCUUAAGCAACGUUUAAACAACGGAUGUACGAUAGCGUAUUCCACUCAGACAUUAAGCAUAUAAAUACGGUUUAAAAACGUCUGCCUCAUGUAAUCCUGAUUGGAGCAGUGCGGAUGCAGACGACUAUGUGUUUCAUAAAAAAGUGAUUGAAAUAUGGUGUUGUAAAAAAAAUAAAAAUAAAUAGAGUCAUUUCAGUUUGCAAACAAACGAAAAAAAAUGAAAGAAGUUAGUUAACUUUUGCAAAUUUAUCGAUUCAAUCACAUUGAAGAAACUUUUAAGACACUUUCUUGGUAACCUUUGUUCAACCAGAUCUAUAAAUAGAAAAGAAUCUGUAUGUUGUGUAUGACAACUUCAGUGAAACGUUGUUCUGCAUGUUUUUAUUGUAUUAGAGUUAAAUAAUUGUCGAAGCAUGGUUAUUAUCAUGAAUCUAGCUGCUAAUUUGUAAUAAUUGUUUCUUAGACAUACCAUAGGCAUUUAAACAACAAAGCAUCAUGCAACUUAGUUCAAGAAACGUUGAAAGAGAGUUUCUAAUUUGUUGAUGGUUUAAACGUUGUACCAUAGCUGCACAACCGCAGCGCGAUCAUUGAAUAAACAUAAAUUUCUUAAGCUUUUAGACCGAUUGAUGGUUGGAUAGAUUCCCAUUUCUGAGCGAACAAGAGUUGAAGUAUAGUUUCAAUUCAAGUAUAUCAAAUAUUCUUCAGCUUGCAGCUUAAUAACGCUGCUUUGAGAAACAUUUCUUAAGGACAGACUUGUAAGAAUCCCAAAAUGGCCGCCACAAUGACCGACUUUGGGACCUACUCACGAUUUCGAGGGCACAAAUCUCUUCGUAAACAAAAUCAGCGCACCUGGUCUUCUUAUUUUGAGCUUAUUACAAGUGAGCAAGAACAGAAUAAUAAAAUGCACUGUUGUUUGAGGCUUGUUUCUUGAGAUUUGUGCGUCUGAAGCUCUGAUGCAUUGUUGUAACGGGAUUUCAAGACGUUUGUUCUUAAAGUAAUAAUUGUUUCUUAGGAAGACUCCCCCUUCGGGGCAUCCACGAACACUCAACUUCAUAAUCGCUGCUAGACGCAAUGUCGAGAAGAGAUAUCGGUUUUCGAGCAUUUGGUGAAUCCAAUUUGAAAUCACUGGAGAUGUACGAUGACUUCGUGCGGCUUCCAGUAUGGCAUAAAAAGCACCUUCGCUAUCUAAGAAAACACCCAAGCAGGAUUGCUUUUGAGUAAAAGCUUUCUCGCUAUCGUAAGCAAACAACACAGUGGACUUACCAGAUUUGUAGCACUUAGUAGGCAUGUUGGUUCACAUGAAAAGGCACGUUAGCUAGAUGAACAUCACGGAUGUGAUUAUCGCCAAUGCGUUUUAAGUAUUAGAGAAGAAAAGAAAUCAAUCUGAUAGGCCUGAAACUCUUUGCACUAAAGAGGUCAAAGUUGGUUAACUGGUGAUUCCUGAAACGCAAAUUUUCCGAAGUAACAUUCAAAUGUUCAAAAAAGAUGUAGCGAUGAUCAGAGAAGGAUUCUUUAUCUGACACAUGCCAAUUGGUUAUCUCGUGACUAAUUCUGCUAGAAGUAUGCAAUGACUUGCUUGAAAGCAUCCGUAGAAGAUGGUUCAUCACUACACAGUUAUCUAGCCUGACCGGGAAAAGAUACUGCCAAUGAUCACAUAGCUGUCCCUAAUGAAUAGGAAAGCCAGCAGUUAUGGGACUAAUAUGUGAUCAUUGACAGAGAAAUUAAUAAUGAUGAUCAACUUCAUACGGGCCCGAAAAAACGACAACCCAAACCCUGAACCCAAUACAUUCUGGAUCCGGCAGUAUCGACCGCACAAAGCUGUGGAAACCUGUGGAACCAAAGUCGCCUGUGGGACGAAGAGGGUUAAAUACAGACUAGUAUUAUCCACCGCGAUGGGACAAGAUAAACUUGUUUUAGCUUAUCAGUACCUACCAAUUACGAUGAAGAACACGCAUUUAAACCAACGACCAGAUGUUCCAGAUGACAGUGCCGGUGUGAUCCCAGCAUCAGUACCUCAUACUGCAGUAGCAGCUUGCGCACCGGAGAGGUGACUACGCACUUUGGUGGUUUGCCUGCUGGUUCGUCUAAGUUAAAAAAGAAAAUCUGGAUUAUAAAAUAAACUCGAAACCUUCCACCAUCAUGCGCUCCCCACGUGACAUCUUCACAUUCUACGACCCAACCACCAAGAUAUGGCGGGGCACCAAUACGCAACCACUCUACAAUCCGAACCAAACGCUGGGAGCCCUGAUGAUUGCCACCCUUAACCGCAACCCCCAGCAGAUAGCUCAGAUCAGUGCCGACACCUGUGUUCGAGUGACCUGCGGCGAAAUGCGCCUUCGAACGAUCCGUGCGGCACAGAACCUUGCGCGCAUGGGAUACGGCAAGGGGAACAUCUUCACCAUGGCCGUACGGAACGAGGAAACCGUGGCCCCGGUGCUGUUUGCCUGCUUUGCCCUGGGGAUCCCUGUAAACCUUCUGGACGCUUCGUUCCAGCGGGAUGACUUGAGUCACAUGCUCAACACGGUUCGACCACAGGUCAUCUUCUGCGAUCAGGACACUUGGCCGGAAAUGGCAGCCGCAGUGGAGAUGACCAAGCUCCAGACGGAUGAUGUGUUCAUCUUCGGGGACACCGGUGUAGAAGGUCACAGGCAUGUCAACGAGCUACUAGUUGCGACAGGGAAGGAGGAUGAGUUUGUGCCGGAGUACUUUGAGGACGCUGGAUCACGCUUAGCGGUAAUCGUUUGCUCAUCCGGUACGACCGGUCGACCCAAGGGCGUCUGUCUGUCCAACGGCAGCAUCAUAGCAAACGUCAUCAGCAUGACCGAGAACUACUCAUCGGAUGUGAUGCUCUGCUUCAGCUCCCUGUACUGGUUAUCAGGGUUGUUCUUCCUUUUGGCUGGUACUGCUGCCGGAGCAACACGGGUCAUCACCAAAGAAGUCUUCAAUCCAGCACUUGCGUUGGAAAUAAUCGAAAAGUUUCGAGUCACUACGGCAUUCUUCCCGCCGGCUACCGCCCUGCAGCUAUUGAAACACCGACGUGCCCCAGAAACAGACUUUUCCAGCAUGCGACUAUUGUUCUGCGGAGGAUCAGCCGUUUCCGCAGAACUGAAGUACGCAUUGGACAAGUUGAUACCGCAAUCCACCUGUAUGGUGGGGUACGGUAUGUCGGAAGUUGCUGGAGUUGCCACAUUCAGCGACGCACAUACCUACAAAGGAGGCUCCACCGGAUACCUGAGGUCUAUGGUACAAGCCAAGAUCGUCGAUAGCGAUGGCAACGCUUUGGAUAUUGACCGGGAAGGAGAGAUUCUGUUAAAACCCGAGUUCAAAUUCUCGGGCUACUACGGAAAUGCUGCAGCUACAGCCGAAAUACUGGACGAAGAAGGUUGGAUGCACACCGGAGAUAUUGGACGGUUCGACGAGGACGGACUGCUGUACGUGGUCGAUCGCAAGAAGGACAUCAUCAAGUACGGUAACUACCAAAUUUCUCCAAGUGAGCUAGAAGGAGUCAUCCAGACGAUUCCUGGUGUGGUGAAUUGUUGCGUUGCUGGAAUACCGGUUCCGGGAAAUGAUCUACCGGCUGCACUGAUAGUUCGGAAUAGCGAGGAGAAGGUCAUCGCUGAGGAAGUGCACAAAGUGAUAAAUAGUAGUUUGGGUAACUACAAACAACUUAGAGGAGGAGUGUUCUUCACUAAGCAACUUCCAAUGACCCCCUCUGGAAAAGUGCAACGGAGGCUGUGUCUGGAGAUUUUAAUCGAUCUUUACAAUAAUUCCAAUAUUUAGAAUAAUAUGAGUUCAGACCAGCAUCUUUAGAGUUCCGUUAUAAGAAAAACCUCGUAAGUACACCUAAAACAGCCUUUAACUUGAUCUUA